AGCAGCAGCAGCAGUGGUGGUGGUCACUCACUGGUCACAUAAAUGAAAAGCUCAGACACUCACACACUCCGCGCAGAGACAGAGAAGCGAGAACAUCCACUCCCACUCGUGCUCCCUCAGCUCUCUCUUCACGACCAUCAGGCGGAUCCACAGCACAGUGAUGCUGGCUGCGUGUCUCGAGGGUCUCGGCCUGGCGCUGUGCGUCGCGGGCUCCCUGCUGGUGAUGGUGGCCUGCGGGCUGCCCAUGUGGAAGGUGACCGCCUUCAUCGAAUCCAACAUCGUGGUGGCGCAGACCAUCUGGGACGGCCUGUGGAUGUCCUGCGUGGUGCAGAGCACCGGGCAGAUGCAGUGCAAGGUCCACGACUCGCUGCUGGCACUGACGCGCGACCUGCAGACGGCGCGCGCGCUCAGCGUCAUCUCCGCGGUGCUGAGCAUCAUCGGCCUCGCGGUGACCGUGGCCGGCGCGCAGUGCACCAACUGCAUCAAGGACGAGACGGUGAAGGCGCGCGUGGUGAACGCCGGCGGGGUCAUCUACAUCAUCAGCGGCCUGUUCGUGCUGGUGCCGCUCUGCUGGAUGGCCAACAACAUCAUCGUGGACUUCCACGACCCGCAGGUGCCUCCGUCCAAGAAGCGGGAGAUCGGGGCCGCGAUCUACGUGGGCUGGGCGGCCACGGCGAUGCUGCUGCUGGGCGGAACCCUGCUGUGCUGCUCCUUCUCUCAGGUGGUCCGAGGCUCGUACCCCAUUAAAUACUCUCCCACCAAGACCAUCACAGUCAACGGAGACUUUGACAAGAAACAUUAUGUGUAAAGUCAAAGAUUUGGACUUUAUGACACCGUUAAAGGGACAGUUCUCUCUUUGUUUCUACUGUGUCUUCCUUCACAGUUAAAAUGCUCAUGUUCUCCGUGGACCUUGGUGCAGCAGCUGUAAAUUCUUAUGAUUCUUAUGAUACCAAAGACUUACAUAGACCUGAACCCUGAACUGUCCCUUUAAAGUCUGACAGGGCAUGUUCAUGCUUCGGUGUGGGACACUGAAGUGGUGCUUAUAUGAAGACAUGAUAAGCACGUUGCAUUCUCCACAUUCAUCCAGUCACAUGUUGAUAUAUAAGCAUGUCUUUUUUUAAAUGUUUUACCAAAAAUGAUUUUGAAUUCUCUUUGUAAUAAACUUUGUAAUAAACGACUCUCAGGGAAACUAAGACACGAGGAUGUGCUUCCAAUAUCUUGUUAUUAAGUAAAAAAAUGUUUUAAUGCAUCAGUUCCAAAUUUUGAGCAGCUAAUGAACAAAUUCAGGGUUUGAUAACGAGGAGCAGUUUAGUUAGUUUGAGGCUGAAAUCACUUGUGUUGUCACUGUGUUGCACGGAUCUGCACAGCUUUGUUGUAAAUACUGUAGUUGUUGUUGUUGUUGUUGUUAUUGUUGUUGUUUCUCACACCAUAGACGAGUGUGCUUUCUGAGUCUGGUUGUGAUCAAAGCAUGGAAUUUGCAGUGUUCUGAGCUUCGUGUCAUUUUUGAAUAGAUACUUUUUUCCUAAUAAAAACAUUUACUGUC